GACACAAUGGAAUUCCUGGUCACAGAGAUGCACCUCCAUAUUAGGAAGAAGUGCUUCAUUUAUAAAGAGGACACAUGGUUGGAGCCCCAAUAGGUCACUAUUCUAUCUCAAGGACCAGCAUACCCUCAUUCUUUUCUACAGGGGUUGAUAAGGCACAGUGAACCAUGGGUGACGCGCACAUGGCACAGUUUGGCACGGCCGCCCCUUUCCUGAGGAAAUCAGACAGGGAGCGUCUGGAGGCCCAGACCCGACCCUUUGACAUGAAGAAGGAAUGCUUUGUUCCCGACACUGAAGAGGAGUAUGUCAAAGCAUCCAUCACGAGCCGAGAGGGAGACAAAGCCACCGCUCAAACUGAGAGGGGGAAGACUGUGACCGUGAAGGAGUGUGAUAUCCAUCCUCAAAAUCCGCCAAAGUUUGAUAAAAUUGAAGACAUGGCCAUGUUCACCUUCCUCCAUGAGCCUGCUGUGUUGUUUAACCUCAAAGAGCGUUAUGCAGCAUGGAUGAUCUACACUUACUCUGGGCUGUUCUGUGUGACUGUCAACCCCUACAAAUGGCUGCCAGUCUACAACCAGGAGGUGGUGGAAGCCUACAGAGGAAAGAAGAGGGCUGAAGCUCCUCCUCACAUCUUCUCCAUCUCUGACAACGCCUAUCAGUACAUGCUGACAGACAGGGAGAACCAAUCCAUUCUCAUCACUGGAGAAUCCGGUGCUGGGAAAACUGUCAACACCAAGAGAGUCAUUCAGUACUUCGCCAGCAUUGCAGCUGCAGGAGGGGGGAAGAAGGACACUGGAUCUGAGAAAAAGGGGACCCUGGAGGAUCAAAUCAUUCAGGCUAACCCAGCUCUGGAGGCUUUUGGUAACGCCAAGACCAUCAGGAAUGACAACUCUUCGAGAUUCGGAAAGUUCAUCAGAAUCCAUUUCGCAGCGAGUGGAAAGCUGGCUUCUGCUGAUAUUGAGACAUAUCUGUUGGAGAAGUCCCGUGUGACUUUCCAGCUCAAGGCUGAGAGAGACUACCACAUUUUCUACCAGAUCCUGUCCCAAAAAAAGCCAGAAUUGCUAGAGAUGCUGCUCAUCACCAACAAUCCGUACGACUAUGGUUUCAUAUCCCAAGGAGAGACCACUGUACAAUCCAUCAAUGACUCCGAUGAGCUAAUAGCCACUGAUGAUGCCUUUGAUGUGCUGGGGUUCACUCAAGAAGAGAAGAAUGGCAUCUACAAGAUGACUGGUGCCAUUAUGCACUAUGGAAACAUGAAGUUCAAGCAGAAGCAGCGUGAGGAGCAGGCAGAGGCUGAUGGCACAGAGGAUGCUGACAAAGUUGCAUAUCUGAUGGGCCUCAACUCUGCUGACCUCAUUAAGGGUCUCUGUCAUCCAAGGGUCAAAGUAGGGAAUGAGUGGGUCACCAAGGGACAGAGUGUCCAACAGGUGAACUACUCCAUCGGUGCACUGUCCAAGUCAGUGUAUGAGAAGAUGUUCCUCUGGAUGGUGGUGAGGAUCAACCAAUCCUUGGACACCAGGCAGCCACGCCAGUAUUUUAUUGGUGUGCUAGACAUUGCUGGUUUUGAGAUUUUUGAUUUCAACACCUUUGAACAACUCUGCAUCAACUUCACCAAUGAGAAACUGCAACAGUUUUUCAACCACCACAUGUUUGUGCUGGAGCAGGAAGAGUACAAGAAAGAGGGAAUUGAGUGGACAUUCAUUGACUUUGGUAUGGACUUGCAGGCUUGCAUUGACCUUAUCGAGAAGCCCAUGGGUAUCAUGUCCAUCCUUGAAGAGGAGUGCAUGUUCCCCAAGGCCAGUGAUGCUACCUUCAAAGCCAAACUUUAUGACAACCACCUGGGCAAAUCCAACAACUUCCAGAAGCCCAGGAUUAUCAAGGGGAGACCAGAGGCCCAUUUCUCCCUGGUUCACUAUGCUGGCACUGUGGAUUACAACAUCGGUAACUGGCUGGUGAAGAACAAGGACCCUCUGAAUGAGACCGUUGUUGGACUUUACCAGAAAUCUACUGUCAAGUUGCUUGGGGUCCUUUUUGCAAAUUAUGCUGGAUCAGAAGCAAGUGAUGGUGGAAAGGGCAAGGGAAGUAAGAAAAAGGGUUCCUCAUUUCAGACAGUGUCCGCCUUGCACAGGGAGAACCUCAACAAGUUGAUGACCAACUUGAGGUCGACUCACCCUCACUUUGUGCGCUGCAUCAUCCCCAAUGAGACCAAGACUCCUGGGGCCAUGGAGAAUCCUCUGGUGAUGCACCAGCUGCGCUGUAACGGUGUCCUGGAAGGCAUCAGGAUCUGCAGAAAGGGCUUCCCCAACAGGAUCCUAUAUGGAGACUUCAAACAGAGAUACCGUAUCCUGAAUCCUGCUGCUAUCCCUGAGGGUCAGUUCAUUGACAGCAAAAAAGGAGCAGAGAAACUUCUGGGCUCUCUGGAUAUAGACCACAGUCAAUACAAGUUUGGACACACUAAGGUGUUCUUUAAGGCUGGACUCCUGGGGACUCUGGAGGAGAUGCGAGACGACCGUUUGUCACUCAUCAUCACUGGAGUCCAGUCAAGAGCUCGAGGUCUACUUGCAAGAAUUGAAUUCCAAAAGAUUGUCGAGCGCAGGGAUGCAUUGCUUGUCAUACAAUGGAAUGUGCGAGCCUUUAUGGGGGUCAAGAAUUGGCCCUGGAUGAAGCUCUUCUUCAAGAUCAAGCCUCUGCUGAAAUCGGCUGAGUCAGAAAAGGAGAUGGCCAACAUGAAGGACGAGUUCCUGAAGCUGAAAGAGGCCUAUGCAAAGUCAGAGACCCGCAGAAAGGAACUUGAGGAAAAAAUGGUCUCUCUUCUCCAAGAGAAGAAUGACCUACAGCUGCAAGUCCAGGCGGAGCAAGACAACCUCGGCGAUGCUGAGGAGAGAUGUGAGGGGCUGAUUAAGAACAAGAUACAGAUGGAGGCCAAAGCCAAAGAGCUGACAGAAAGACUUGAGGAUGAGGAGGAGAUGAAUGCUGAACUCACUGCCAAGAAGAGGAAGCUGGAGGAUGAAUGUUCUGAGCUGAAGAAGGACAUUGAUGAUCUGGAGCUUACCCUGGCCAAAGUGGAGAAGGAGAAGCAUGCCACAGAGAACAAGGUGAAGAAUCUGACUGAGGAAAUGGCUGCUCUGGAAGAAAUCAUCGCCAAGCUGACUAAGGAGAAGAAAGCUUUGCAGGAAGCUCAUCAGCAAACACUGGACGACCUGCAGAGUGAAGAAGACAAAGUCAACACUCUGACUAAGGCCAAGGCUAAGCUGGAGCAACAAGUUGAUGAUCUUGAAGGUUCCCUGGAGCAAGAGAAGAAGGUUCGUAUGGACCUUGAGAGAGCUAAGAGAAAGCUAGAGGGGGACUUGAAGUUGACGCAGGAAAGCCUAAUGGACCUGGAGAAUGAUAAACAACAACUUGAAGAACGUCUUAAAAAAAAAGACUUUGAAGUCAGUCAGCUCAACAGUAAAAUAGAAGAUGAGCAAGUAGUUGGAAUCCAGCUUCAAAAGAAACUGAAAGAGCUUCAGGCCCGCAUUGAAGAGCUGGAAGAGGAGCUUGAGGCAGAGAGAGCUGCCCGGGCCAAGGUGGAGAAGCAGAGGGCAGACUUGGCCAGAGAACUCGAGGAGAUCAGUGAGAGGCUGGAGGAGGCUGGUGGAGCAACAACAGCUCAGAUUGAGAUGAACAAGAAGAGGGAGGCUGAGUUCCAGAAACUCCGCAGAGACCUCGAAGAGGCCACUCUGCAGCAUGAGUCCACCGCUGCCACACUGAGGAAGAAACAAGCUGACAGCAUGGCUGACCUGGGAGAGCAGAUAGAUAACCUGCAGAGAGUGAAGCAGAAACUGGAGAAGGAGAAGAGUGAGGUCAGGCUUGAACUUGAUGAUGUGAUCUCCAACAUGGAACAUAUUGUUAAGUCUAAGACUAAUUUAGAGAAGGCUUGCAGAACUCUGGAGGACCAGAUGAGUGAAUACAAGUCCAAAUAUGAAGAGAACCAGCGCAGCAUCAAUGAUUUCAGCAUGCAAAAAUCUAGGCUGCAAACAGAAAAUGGUGAGCUUUCCAGACAGCUAGAGGAGAAAGACUCUCUUGUUUCUCAGUUGACAAGAGGCAAGCUAUCUUUCACUCAGCAAAUUGAAGACCUCAAAAGACAGCUGGAAGAGGAAUCAAAGGCAAAGAAUGCUCUGGCUCAUGCAGUGCAGUCUGCCCGCCAUGACUCUGACCUGCUGAGGGAGCAGUUUGAGGAGGAGCAGGAGGCCAAGGCAGAGCUGCAGCGCGGCAUGUCCAAGGCUAACUCUGAGGUGGCUCAGUGGAGAACCAAGUAUGAAACUGAUGCCAUCCAGAGGACAGAGGAGCUGGAGGAGGCCAAGAAGAAGCUGGCUCAGCGUCUACAAGAUGCUGAGGAGGCUGUAGAGGCAGUGAAUGCCAAAUGUUCCUCCUUGGAGAAGACCAAACACAGACUCCAGAAUGAGAUUGAAGAUCUCAUGGUGGAUGUGGAAAGGUCUAAUGCUGCUGCUAAUGCCUUGGACAAGAAGCAAAGAAACUUUGAUAAAGUGCUGUCAGAGUGGAAGCAGAAGUAUGAGGAGUCUCAGUGUGAGUUGGAGAGCUCCCAGAAGGAGGCUAGGUCUCUGAGCACUGAGCUCUUCAAGCUGAAGAACUCUUAUGAGGAAGCUCUGGAUCAUCUGGAAACCAUGAAAAGGGAGAACAAGAAUCUUCAAGAGGAGAUAUCCGACCUUACUGAGCAACUUGGUGAGGGAGGAAAGAGCAUUCAUGAACUGGAGAAACUCAGGAAACAGCUGGAACAGGAGAAAAGUGAGAUCCAAUCAGCUUUGGAGGAAGCUGAGGCUUCUCUUGAACACGAGGAAGGAAAGAUUUUAAGAGCCCAGCUUGAGUUUAACCAAGUGAAGGCUGACAUUGAGCGCAAGCUGGCUGAAAAGGAUGAGGAGAUGGAGCAGACCAAGAGAAACCUGCAGAGGACCAUUGAUACCCUGCAGAGUGCCCUGGAAGCAGAGUGUCGCAGCAGAAAUGAGGCCAUGAGACUGAAGAAGAAGAUGGAGGGAGACCUCAAUGAGAUGGAGAUCCAGCUCAGCCAGUCCAACAGACAGGCAGCCGAGGCCCAGAAGCAGCUCAAGUCUGUUCAUGCUCAUCUCAAGGACGCUCAAAUCCAACUUGAUGAUUCUCUCCGAGCAAAUGACGAUCUCAAAGAGAACAUGGCCAUUGUGGAGAGACGCAACAAUUUGAUGCAGGCUGAGCUGGAGGAACUGAGGUCAAGCCUUGAGCAAACUGAGAGAGGUCGCAAGCUUGCUGAGCAAGAGCUGCUGGAUCUCAGUGAGAGGGUGCAGCUGCUGCACUCACAGAAUACCAGCCUGCUGAACCAGAAGAAGAAGCUGGAGUGCGAUACAUCCCAGCUUCAGACCGAGGUGGAGGAGGCGGUGCAGGAGUGCCGAAAUGCUGAAGAGAAGGCCAAGAAGGCCAUCACGGACGCGGCCAUGAUGGCCGAGGAGCUGAAGAAGGAGCAGGACACCAGCUCUCACCUUGAGAGGAUGAAGAAGAACAUGGAGCAGACCAUCAAGGACCUGCAGCACCGUCUGGACGAGGCCGAACAGAUUGCAAUGAAGGGAGGGAAGAAGCAGAUGCAGAAGCUGGAGGCCAGGGUGAGGGAGCUGGAAAAUGAAGUGGAGUCCGAACAAAAAAAGAGCACUGAGGCAAUCAAGGGAAUCCGUAAAUAUGAGAGACGCAUCAAGGAACUCACAUACCAGACUGAGGAAGACCGUAAGAACAUGGCCCGCCUGCAGGACCUUGUGGACAAGCUGCAACUGAAAGUCAAAGCCUACAAGAGAGCUGCAGAGGAGGCUGAGGAACAGGCUAACAAUCAUCUGGGCAAGUUCCGGAAGAUCCAGCACGAGCUGGACGAAGCUGAGGAGAGAGCUGACAUUGCUGAGUCUCAGGUCAACAAGCUGCGUGCCAAGAGCCGGGAUGUGGGAUCCAAGAAGGGACACGAUGAAGAGUGAAGCACAAUCCGAGACCUUCUGAGACCUUCUGUGUCUUCUUCUCAUUACCUUUCUCUAAAGAAUUCAAGUAACUGUAGAAUAAAGUAUAAUUGCAUCAGC